AUGGACGGGGGCGGCGGGAUCAUGGCGAGCGCCGCGACGGGGGCGAUGAGCUCCCUGCUCGCCAAGCUGGCCGAGCUGCUGGGGGAGGACUGCUACCAGCACCAGAUGCAGAGAGGCACGCGGCGGGAGGUGGCCUUCCUGCGGGACGAGCUGAGCAGCAUGAACGCGCUCCUCGAGCGGCUGGCCGACGCCGACGCCGCGGCGCCGCUCGACCCGCAGACCAGGGAGUGGAGGGACCAGGUGCGGGAGAUGAGCUACGACGUCGAGGACUGCGUCGACGAGUACAUGGGCCAGCUCCGCCGCCGCUCCGGCGGCGGCGGCGGCGGCGUGGUGGGGCUCAUCCUCGGCUACGUGGGCAGGGUGAGGGAGAUGGUGUCGCGCCGCGGGAUCGCGGAGCAGAUCCAGGAGCUCAGCGCGCGCGUCGUCGAGGCUGGCCACCGCCGGAAGAGGUACAAGAUUGAUGCGGCGGCGGCUAGCCCUAGUGGCGCCGGCGUGGUGCCGGUCGACUGCCGGCUGCCGGCGCUCUACGCGGAGCUGGGGGGCCUUGUCGGCGUCCACGGUCCGAGGGACGAGCUCGUCAGGCUGCUGGACGAUGGAGAAGAGAGGAUGAAAGUGGUGUCAGUUGUGGGGGCUGGAGGAUUAGGCAAGACCACUCUUGCUAAUCAGGUGUACCGAAACAUCAGAGAUCGAUUCGAUUGCAAAUCCUUUGUUUCCUUGUCACAAAAUCCUGACAUUGGGAUGAUCUUCCGAACAAUGCUCUCUCAAGUCAAAAAAGAUGAGUGUGAAAUCACUGGAUCAGGUGACAUGGAGCAGCUCAUCAAUGAAUUGAGGGAUUUCCUACAGGAUAAGAGAUAUUUGAUCGUAAUUGACGACGUAUGGAGCACCCAAGCCUGGAAGAUUAUCAAAUGUGCUUUCGGCGAGAAUACUUGUGGCAGUAGAAUAAUUGUGACAACCAGAAUCGGCACCGUCGCGAAAUCAUGCUCCUCCCCUGAUUGUGAUCUUGUAUAUGAACUGAAGGCGCUGAGUGAGGAUCACUCCAAGAUGUUAUUCUUCAGAAGAAUUUUCGGCUCUGAAGAUAGAUGCCCACAUCAACUCAAGGAAGUUUCAGUUGAAAUUGUAAAGAAAUGUGGUGGUUUACCUUUGGCAAUCAUUACCAUGGCUAGUCUGUUAACCACCAAGUCAGACACAAGAGAAGAGUGGAUGAAGGUUUGUGGUUCGAUUGGUUUUGGACUCGAGAAAAACUCCGAUGUGGAGGAAAUGAACAUGGUACUAUCUCUGAGUUAUAACGAUCUUUCUCAUCAUUUAAGGACCUGCUUAUUGUAUAUGAGUAUGUUUCCUGAAGAUUAUGUGAUCAAGAGGGAUUAUUUGGUAAGAAGGUGGAUAGCAGAAGGGUUCAUCAAGGUUUUUGGAGGCAGGACUAUAGAGGAGGAGGGGGAAUGCUAUUUUAAUGAACUCAUAAACAGAAGCCUGAUCCAAGCGGUGGAUUUUCAAUACGACGGCAGAGUAUAUGCGUGCCGGGUGCAUGAUUUGAUCCUCGAUCUAAUUGUAUCCAAGGCGGUCGAAGAUAAUUUUGUUACUAUAUUUACUGACAAAAGACAAGUACUGCGCCCGCAAGGCAAAGUUCACCGACUCUCAUCUGACUGCACUAAUGCAGAAAAUAUGUUAACAUGUUCCAAGGCUGUUGCUCAUGUUCGAUCCCUCAACAUGUUCAGGUACUCUGGACGAAUGCCUCCUCUUUUGAAUUUCCGGGCUCUAAGAGUGCUAGAUCUAGAUGGCAAUGAGGAUUUGGAAAGCUGCUAUCUUGAAGAUAUAGGGAAAUUGUUUCAGUUGAGAUACCUAAGGAUUCGAGCAAGUAACAACAUUACACUUCCGGAACAAAUAGGAGAGCUGCAGUUAUUGGUGAUAUUGGACCUUCUCAACUGCUAUGGUACAAGCGAACUGCCUGCAAGUAUUGCUAAACUUCGGAAUUUGAAAUGGUUACUUGCUCAUCGCGUCAAAUUGCCUAAUGGAGUCUGCAACAUGCAAGCUCUAGAGUCUGUGUCACUUGUAGUUGUGGACUACACCACCCCGGUAACCGCACUACAAGAGCUGGGCAGCUUGACCAAACUGAGAAACCUUGGAAUGGAUUGGCGCAUCAGUGAUGCAAACAAGGAUAAAAUGACAUACGCAGAUAAUCUUGUUUCAUCGCUUGGCAAACUAGGCACCUCUAACCUUCGAUGUUUAACGCUCAUCAGUCCAUGGUCACUGAGCUUCCUGUUGGAUUCCUGGUGCCCUCGUCCUCACCACCUUCAGGAACUAACAAUCAAAGGUUGGUGUCUCAGAAAGAUCCCAGUGUGGAUGGCCUCACUGGCCAACCUCACCUACCUAGACAUCGAGGUUGAAGUUGUACAGGAAACCCUCGAGGUGCUUGCGGACUUCCCUGUCUUGCAGUUUCUCAAGUCAUACUCAAAUGCAGCAGACCCCCAAGAAAGAUGUCUAGUUGUCAGCAACAAUGGGUUCCGAUGUCUGAAGAAACUGAACUUUGUCCAUUGGACGAAUCUGAUGUUCUUGGAAGGAGCGAUGCCGAUGCUCGAAAGGCUCGAGUUUCAGAUCAUUGUGCAUGAAGUGAAAACUGCAUCUGGAUUUGGUUGUCCUCUUGAUCUUGGCAUCCGCCACCUCUAUGCCCUCAGGAACCUUGCUGUCAACAUCUACUGUGAGUGUGCGAGAGUGGAGGAGGUCGAGGCAUUAGAGGCUGCUAUUCAGGCUGCUGUCAGUAUGCUGCCCAACAGUCCGACACCGACACUACGUAGGUUUCGUGAACCGGAGAUGCUAGCAUCCACACAUUAUUAA